AUGGCGGGGCCGGCGGGGGACGGGAAGUGCGCGGCCGGGAUCACGGCCACGGCCGCGGGCGAGCUGCGCGCCUACCGCGCCUACGCGCGCCGCUGGGUCUUCCUGCUGGUGGUCAGUCUGCUGAGCUGCUCCAAUGCCACGCUGUGGCUCAGCUUCGCGCCCGUGGCCGACAUCGUCGCUCAGCGUUUCCUCCUGUCCACUGACCAGGUCAACUGGCUCUCACUGGUCUACCUCGUGGUGUCCAUCCCGUGUGGCGUGGUGGCCAUCUGGGUUCUGGACUCAGUUGGGCUCCGCUGGGCGACCGUCCUGUGUGCGUGGCUGAACUUUGCUGGGAGCGCACUCCGGGCCCUGCCCUGCAUAAUUGUUGAGGUCCAGUACCCGUUUGCCUUCCUCAUGGGUGGCCAGAGCCUCUGUGCCCUGGCCCAGACCCUGGUCAUCUUCUCUCCGGCCAAACUGGCUGCCUUGUGGUUCCCUGAGCAUCAGCGAGCCAUGGCCAACAUGAUCGGCACCAUGGCAAACCCCUUGGGCAUCUUGCUGGCCAGUGUGCUGUCGCCUGCCCUGGUGAAGAAGGAGGAUGACAUCCCUGUGGUGCUGGGCAUCUACGUCAUCCCUGCUGGCCUGGCCUGCUUGCUGGCCACCGCCUGCCUCUGGGAGAGCGUGCCGCCCACCCCACCCUCCGCAGGGGCAGCCCACUCCACCUCGGAGAAGUUCCUGGAUGGGCUGAAGCUGCUCUUGAGGAACAAGGCCUAUGUGGUCCUGGCUCUGUGCUUUGGGGGCGGUGUCGGCAUCUUCACCAGUUUCUCGGCCCUCCUGCAGCAAAUCCUCUGCGCCAGUGGCUACUCCAACGAGUUUGCAGGCCUCUGUGGGGCUCUCUUCAUCGUGUUUGGGAUCCUGGGGGCGCUGGUUCUUGGCCUGUACGUGGACCGGACCAAGCAUUUCACGGAAGCCAUCAAGAUUGGCUUCUGUCUGACCUCUGUGGUCUGUGUGGCCUUUGCCCUGGUGUCCCAGCUGCAGGGACAGGCAGUCGCCCUGGCUGCCAUCUGCUCGUUGCUCGGGCUCUUCGGCUUCUCGGUGGCGCCUGUCGCCAUGGAGCUGGCGGUCGAGUGCUCCUUCCCUGUGGGCGAGGGCGCGGCCGCAGGUCUGGUGUUCAUCCUGGGGCAGGCCGAGGGUGUGCUCAUAAUGGUGCUGCUGACCGCCCUGACUGUGCCCCGUGUGGAGCCGUCCUUCUCCACCUGCCAAGGUGGCCAGGAUCCCCUGGACUGGAAGGUGUCCGUGCUGCUGAUGGCCGGCCUGUGCACCGUCUUCAGCUGCUGCCUGGUGCUCUUCUUCCACCCCCCCUACCGGCGCCUGCGGGCCGAAGCCCACAUGAGCCCGUCCAUCCAGGAGAGCGAGUGUCCGGCCACUGUGGACCACGCACCCGGCCAGCAGAGCCCCCCUGAGGGCCCGCCCAGGCCCCCCCAGGGCCCCGGCACGGAUGCUGCGGGAAGCCCAGGAGCAGCUCGUUCCUAGAGCCUGUCCCUGGUGGACGUCAGUGUCCUACAGACGCCACAGGGACUGUAGCAGACACGCAGGAUGGCCCAGUGGCCAUGCCAGACCAAGGGUGACUGGUUGAGGGACAGCAUAUGGAGACAUGCUGAUGGGGAGCUGGGUGGGUUGGGGGUCCUGAGGGCCCCUAGAUGUCAGUCUGGAGUGCACAGGUGUGGGCAGGGCUUUUCCAGAGCUUUGCUCAACCUCCAGUCCCCAAAUGACCAGACCCCCAGCCUGGGUGCUGACAGGUGGGCCAUGCUGGGCUUGUGGGGAGCUGAUGGGGGGUCCCACAGGCAGAUGUCCCCCAGGCCCUCCUGUCCCAGGUGGACACGUCCACCUCCCCACAGACACUUGCAGGCAGGUUUGUGGGUUUAGGUUUAUUGAACUGGCCACAGUGUAGGUGGGGGAGGAGGCAGCCCUCACUCCUCCUUCUCCUCCCCGUGCGUGAGCACGUAGCUCAGCGCCUUGUAGUCCAGGUUGCCAGCAGCGUCGAUGGUUGCAAACUGCAGCAUCUGGUCCACCUGUGCACAGGGUGGAGGGUCAGCCAGGCAGGAGGGCAGGGGCCAAAGGGCUGCAGCCCGAGAGCGAAUGACAGGCCCUGAACUCCAGCUGGCUCCAGUCUUGUUUCUGAGCUUGUGGGGGUGAGGGGUGGGCUGGGCUCAGCCAUGGGGUGUCCCACCCUCAGCAACACUACAGCCUCUCAGGGCCAGGGCGCAUGCUCAGCCAACCCCUGAGUUCUGAGGGCCAUGGGGGACGGAGGUGGGGUGGGGGCCGAGGGGCCAAACCUCCUCUGCAGUCAUCUUGUCUGCCUGGGACAUGAGCAGCCGCUUGAUGCUGAGGACAAGGAGGGAGACACCCAGUUAGGCUGUCCUGAAGAAAGGGUCAGCACUGGACAGUGACGGGGGCCCUGUGACCUGGGUCAGUUCACACCGUGCUCCUCCAUGGGGGUAGGGACACUGAGGGUGGGCUCACGGAGUCUUUCCUGAUCCACGCAGGGGUCACCUCCCCUGGGGAGCAGAGACUGAGGGCAAUUGAAGGCAAGUACCUGGCACAGCAGACAUGCCUGUUCCAGUGCUUGGGGGGUCCCCAGACCUAGUGCUGGGCCGUGUGGGCAGGAGUGGUUUACCCUGUUACCUUGGAGGCUGGGGGAGGUGGGCUUGGUGUCCCUCAGACCCUGUAGCCACACUCACUAGUCCUUGUUGAUGCUGCCUUUGCCUUCGGGGUCCAGCAUCUUGAAGGCGUUGAGGAUGGUCUCCUCAGCAUCCGUACCUGCCCACAGAGACUCCGGUCCUGCUCUGGUCGCCUCACCUCCACUCUGUCCUCAGCCCGACUGGCUCCUGCUGCUGAGUGCCCGGGGCACGUGCUGGCCCUGCCCUGGGCAGCUGUUCUCAGGGUCCUCGGGGUCCCACCCAGGCCCAUGGGGGACGGAGGCCACCAGCGGGCAAACAGGAGGCUCCGCAGGGAAGGUGCGGGACGUGUGGGGGCCCACACAUGCGGGUCCCAGAAUGCCAGUUCCUAGGGCUUGUGGAGAUCUGGAAGUGUGGAUUUGAUGAGAAAUGUCGAUUUCUAAAUAAACACAUGCUGUAUUGGCCAACGGCCGGAG